UAAAGUGAACUUGAACGUGAACUUAAAAAUUAAUUUGUAUAACAACAAUAAUAUUAUUGUUAGAAUAAACGCAAAAUAGCAACAAAAAAAAAAAAAUGGGUGAACGUUUUCAACAUAUUGAAUUUAUAACAAAUGAUGUUGAUGGUGAUGAUGAUUCAACAUGUUUAUGGAGUUUAACAACAAAUGGUAAUAGUACACCAAAUCAUCUUCAUCAUCAUCAUCAUCAUCAUAUAACAACAAAAACAACAAAAUUACCUUUAUCAUUGCCAUCAUCUAGCCCAUCAAGUGGUUCUAGUACAAAUGGUAAUACUAGCAUGAAUUUAAAUAGUUUAGAUUGUUGGGAUUAUACAAUCGAAUUAGAAUGUUUAAAUGGGCCACAAGAUUUACAAUUGGCAGCUGAACUUGGUAAAACACUUUUAGAAAGAAAUAAAGAAUUGGAAACAAAAGUCAGAUAUUUAGAGGGUGUUAUUGAUGAUAAAGUCCAAGAAAAUGAGCAUCUUCAAAAACAGAACAAUGCACUUAGAGAAGUUAAUGAUGCCAGACUGCAUUGUUAUGAAACAUUAGACAUUUCAAUACAAGACUUGGAAAGGAAAAAUGAAAAAUUAAAUAAGGAAAAUAUUAAAUUACAAAAUAAAAAUAAGGCAAUCACUGAGGCUCAUGAAUUAUUGGAAAGAGAACGUGAUGAAUCGCUCAAAAAUAUUGAAGACUUAAAAAAAUCUUUACAUUCAGAACGUAAACGUAUUGAAAAAUUAUUAGAAGAAAAAAAUAAUAAAAGCGAUGAAAAUCAAGUUAAUUUACGGCCAAAUGUAUUUACAUCAUCAUCUGAAUAUAAUGAUGAUGAAGCUGAUGGAUUUAAUCCAAAUACAACACAACCAGAAAAUUGUAGUUUUGCAUUCCAAUCACCUGGUCAUCAUGAUAAAAAUUCAACUGAUAUUAGUGAUAGAGUUAAUAAUGAAUUAUUGGAAUCUCUUAGUUUAAGUCAUAUUACAUCUGAUGAAAAUGAAGAGAUUAUAAGAGAAUUGGAUUCAACUAAAAAAGCGUAUCGUGCUGAACAACAAAAAGUUUUAGAAUUAGAAGAUCAAAUAUUCACUUUAAUUCGAGAAAAUCAGUCAUUACAAGGAAAACUUGCUCAAAGUAAUGUUAAUGAAGACUUAAAAUCUUUACAAUCGGUCCAAGAUGAACUUUCCAUUUUGGAUGAAGUUCGACAAGGUCGAAUGUGUACCAGAUGUUUACGUUCUGUUGAUGAACGUACAAAUAUGGAUGAAGCGUCAUCAAUUGCUCCAACAGAAGAUGAUGAUGAUCGAAGCCUUUUAGACUUAGAACAAGAACGUAUUUAUCAUUCCGCUUUAACAGUGAAGUUGUCUUCAUCACAAAAGGGCAGCUCAAUUGAUUUGCAUGCUGAUUGCGAUAGCCCAAAUCCAUAUCGUGAACUUUUAGAAAAAUAUGAAGCACUUGUUGAAAUUCAAAGUCGGGGAGUUUUUCGUAAAAAUUUCAAUAAUUUAACUGAAAAUGAUCAACAACCAUCAUUAUCUGAUGAACUACAAUCAUGCGGUUUCAUUUGCCCAAAUAUUAUACCAAUUGUUCCGGUUACAACAUCAGCAUCAGAUAAUGAAAACUAUAUUGAUGAAAAUCAAUUACAACAAAAUGCCAUAUUAAAUGAUGCUGCUAGUUGUAAUGGUAGCACAACAAAUGAAACAUUAUCACAAGGUCGUACUAGUAGCAAUGGUGGUAUAUUAAAUGAAAACUCAAAAAUAGGAAAAUCACGUUCUACUCCAACUGAAAUUUUUUCAGAAGCAGAAACAUCAAGUUCCGGUUUUUCGGAUGAAACGAGCAAUAAAAGUACACAAACUGAUGAUCGUCCUGGUUAUUUCUUAUGCUCAAUUGGUGAUGGUGAAGAUUGUAAAUUUAGUAUUUAUGAUGAUGUUAGUCCCGUUGAUUCCCGUUUCCGUAAUCGUCCUGAAUAUCGUGAAUUAUUUAAAGAAAUAUUUGCUGUAUUACGUAAAGCAGCUAAAAAUAAAGAAGAAGGUGAAAAAUUACCUCUCCUUGAUGACACAAACCCGUCUACAAAACAGCUAGAUGUAAAUGCAUCUACAGAAACAGAUAAAGUACCACCAGUUACUCCAUCAAAUGAAGAAUUACCAGAUUUUGGAGAUGAUACCCAAUCAGUUGUAUCAUCAGUUAUGUCAGAACAAUCUGUUGCCAUGUCUGAAUGUAUCACAAAAACAGAACGUAAAUCUGCUAAGAAACACAUAAUCAAUCAAGAAGUUAAAUCAUCAUGUUCAUCAUACAAUAAGCAACAAAUAAUUACAGAAAAUGGACUUAUUUUAACACCGUUAAAACGUGAACCAUUAGAAUAUGUUGCUGUUGGUGUUGGUAUAAAAAAGAAAAAUCGUAAGAAAAAUCGUAAUUUUAAUUCGGAUCGUUCUGAAUCACCGGUAGGCUUACCAUCACCGCCCCGAAUCUAUUUUAGUGGUAAAAAACGACGUGACAUGAGACCGUUAAACGUUAGUCCACUUGCAACUCAUAGUGGACCAGAACGAAAUAAUCAAAAUAUGUAUGCAGAAUGGAAUGGUACAUCUAUGGUAAUUUAUAAUCGUAAUCAUGCACAAUCUCCGACCCCACAUUGUAAUAAAAAUAACAUUAUUACCAGUAAUACCGAUAGUAAGGAACAAAAUAUUAUUGAAGAAGAAGUUGAUCAACAACAACAACAACAAAAACAACAACAACAUCAUCACCAUCAUCAUCAUACCAAUCAACAUAAACCUUUAGAUAUGACUCGUGGUCAAUAUAGACCAAGUCAAGCAUCACAAGAUUUACAUAAACUAAAAAAAUUGGAAUUAUCGUACGCUGAAGUAUUAAGACGAGCUGAUGCAUGUAAACACAAUCAUAAUCAGCAUCCAAAUCCACAUCAUUCACCAAAUUUUCAUCAUAACCAUCAUCAAAAUCAUCAAAAUCAUCAUAAUUAUCAUCACAGAAGAAAAUAAAUAAAUAAAUAAUUAAAAAAAACAAUUCUAUAAGUAAAUAAUUAUUAUUAAUUUAUAUAAGUAUGUAUGUAUGUAGGGUUCUAGCUAUUGUUUUUAAAAUUUUCCUAUUUUUUUUUUUGUUCUUCGCAAAACUCAACUUGUAAAACUAAAGCUCAAAAAUUUGAAAAAAUAUAUAAAUGGAAGUUAAAGAAAAUAAAUAUAAAAAUAAAAAUGAUGUACUUAUACAAAACAUUCUAUUUAAUUUAAGUAUUAAUAUUUAAUAAUAUAAUGAAAAUGAUAUAAAUUUAAAAUGCAUGUAAUGUCAUUUUAUGUCAUAAUCAAAUCGUAAAAAUAAUUAUU